AUGAAAGAUUUAAUAGAACUGUUGGAACCACAUGCGGAGAGUCAUACAGCAUCAUGGAGUAUCCCUUUUUAUUUGCAGGUACUUGCAGCGAUUCAUUUUUCUGGUCAUGGCUCAUAUCAGACUGAUGUAGGCAAUUGCCAUUUAAAUUCUAUGAGCCAGCCUUCAGUUAGUCGCUGCAUUAAAACAGUGACUAAUUUAAUUAUAAAGCAUGCUACACCAAAGUACGUGAAUUUUCCUAAAACCUCAUCAGAAAGAGAUAAAAAUAAAAAGAGAUUUUAUACGAAGUUUGGCAUGCCUGGCAUUAUUGGGUGCAUAGACUGCACACACGUAAGUAUAGUGGCUCCCAAAAAAGAUCACCCCGUGGCACCAGCUGCUAUUUAUAUGAAUAGAAAGGGCUAUUACUCAAUUAAUAUUGAAGUAAUAUGUGAUGCUGAUGAACGGAUAUUGUUUGCGAGCAGCAGAUAUCCUGGCUCCACUCAUGACGCAGCCAUUUGCAAGGUUUCGGCAGUCAGAGCCCUGCUAACUCGUAAUGCUGAUGAUGAUGAGACAUAUUUAUUGGGCAAUUCAAGUUACCCAUUGGAACAUUGCCUACUCACACCAUAUAGGAUACCAGUAGGCUCUACCUAG